AUGAUAAAAAAGCUUUUUUGUAUUCCUAAGUGGAAAUUGGUUGCUGGAGCUUCAUUUGCGCUGCUUGGUCAACAUAUAUAUGAUUGCAUGUAUAAUACAGAAAUCGAAGUCUUCUAUUAGAACACAGAGAAUAACAAACAUCUGCUAUCAAAAUGUCCAAAUAUCACAGGGCAUUUUAAUCCAAGUAUUUGGAGUACGAAUAAUAUCUUUGGGUUAACCUAUGUUACUUUAGUUGAACAUCAAAUGGUGCCCUUACAACAACGAGAAAUGGUGACAUUGAAAGAUGGAGGUCAGGUGGCAUUGGAUUGGAAAAUCAAUGAUACCAAGAAUAUUGUAUUAGUCUUACAUGGAUUGACAGGUGGAGGAGAUUGCAAUUAUAUAAAAGAUACAUUAGAGAGACUUUAUGAUGCUGGUUAUACGGCUGUUUGUUUUAAUAACAGAGGAGUCGGAUUUACAAAAUUAUCUACACCUUAAUACCAUAAUCAUGGAGACCCCUCUGAUAUGAUGGAAAUUAUAGAUUUGAUAAAACAAAGAUAUCCCGAGGCAACAUUAUAAUGUGUAGCCAUUUCAAUUGGGGCGAAUUUGGCAGCUAAAUAUGCAGGAAUUACGAAGGAGAAAUGUGCAUUCAAAUCUAUUGUUUGUAUAGCCAAUCCAUUUGAUUUAUUGGCUUGCUUUGAAAAUUUGGAUAGAUGGUACAACUAUUUAUAUAUCUAUUAUCUCACUAAGCAUUUCAAGUGGUUGCUGAAUAAACAUUUGGAUGUAAUGAAUGCAUGUUUUGAUGAACAUAAUAUUGACAUCAAAAAGGUAUUUGAAGCAAGAACCAUUUACGAUUUUGAUCAUUAUUUUACAAGACAUUUGUAAAAAUACGAAUCAGUUGAGUAAAUGUAUAGGGCAAAUUCUUCAAUACAAUAUAUUAAGGAUAUUACAGUACCCACUUUAUUUGUUAAUACCAAGAAUGACCCACUAAUACCAUGGAAAUUAGCCCCUAUUUAAUUACACAGACACAUGCCAAAUUUAAUAUUUGCUUUAACUUAAAAAGGGGGUCAUAUUGAAUGGUUUAGUGAGACUAACUUAGUUACUGUUAAGAGAUGGGUAAUGGAUCCAACGUUAGACUACUUAAAUUAUUUCAGAGAUCUACCAAAUGAUAAAUGGCAACAAUAUCUUAAACCAACGAAUAGUUGA